ACCUAAAGAUUGCGCCAACUUGUAGUAGCGUAAACAAGCAUUGAAUUCUUGAUAAAAGAAUCUUCAUUUGAAGAAUGUACAUUGUACAACAAUACUAGAAAUGAGAGAAAUAACUCGAUAAUCGAAAAUAUAUAUAAACUUCGAGGCAUAAAAAGUUAUCAAAACAACAAUUUCUUGUGACGCUUGAUUAGUAUGCCGACAUCACACCAGCUUUUUGCGGAUUCCACGCAGCGAUUGCGGUAAAUAGCGACAGUCUUCUGCAUACCAAUUGGAGGCCAAACAACCAAUGGCAAAACAUACUCACAGCUUUUCUUUAUUAUUUUAAAGAAACUGUGAAAUAAAGGCGAAUAAAAAUAAGAGCGAAAGUGAAAUGAAUAAAUUUAAAGCUUUCUUUUGAGACAACAAAUUGUAUUCGCAACAGUACUAAUUAGACAACGAUACAAUGCAGACCUUAGCAUGUGUACUACAACGCUUAACCACGUUUAUGAUUAUAGUCCAACUUUUGGCAACAGUGGCGCAAGGAUUAGAAGAAGCCGCGCAGGAGAAGAUAAUAGAACACAUUGGAAGAGAAGAGAAUGUGACCACAACCGCCAACGCUACAGAUGACAAGCUCAGACUUGCCGUUGAUUUCGAGCAAAUAUCGCGCAAUUUAGACACUGCGAACCACAACCACUACCUCAAGUCAGCUAAUUUCAGUGUAGCAGAUAACAAGGGACGUCAUUCCUGCGAACGUCGCUGUCAAAAUAAUCAACCGCUCACGUGCUAUUACCGCUUGGUGAUGCAUCAUUACCAGGCGUCGAACGCCGAAUGUGAACAUUGCUUUAAUAACGCAGCGGCCUGUCCGCAACAGCAAUGCAUUUACGGCGAUGGUGUUUACACGCCCAUAAUAGCCAUCAAUCAAAUGCUGCCCGCACCACCAAUCGAGGUGUGUGUGGACGACACUGUUGUGGUUGAUGUCAUCAACUACCUUACCGAACCGAUCAGCAUACACUGGCACGGCAUGCCGAUGUUCCGUACACCCGAGAUGGAUGGUGCACCAUUUGUUACACAGUAUCCAAUACAGCCAGCUGAGGGUUAUCGCUAUCAAUUUAAUGCAGAACGUGUGGGCAGCGUCUGGUAUAACAGUCAUGUUGGUUUGCAGCGUAACAUGGGUGUGGGCGGCAGUUUCAUCAUACGACAGCCCAUACAAAGCGAUCCACAAUCCUACUUAUACGAUUUCGAUUUGCCGGAGCACACACUACUCAUACAAGACUAUGUAUACGGUUAUGAUAUGAGUCGUGUGAGAAAUCUACUCAUCAAUGGUAAGGGUAGAAAUCAUGCUUCGAGCCUUUCCGAUCGCGAUCCGCGACAUCGCUAUGAGCGCCUACAGGUAGCUAAUGGUAAGCGCUACCGCUUCCGUAUCAUCUACAAUAGUUUCUUCAACUGUCCCGUUGAGUUCUCAGUGGAAAACCAUCGAAUGCUUAUGAUUAGUACGGAUGGCAAUGACAUUGUACCAGUGCUAGCCGAUAGCUUUUUCAUGACCGCUGGUGAACGUUUCGAUUUCGUGCUGCAGGCAAAUCAGCAAGCGCGUAGCUAUUGGAUUAGGGUCCGCGGUUAUGAGGAUUGCGCCAAGGAAAACCUCUAUCAGGGCGCUAUAUUGACCUAUAAAAGCGUUGUAGGUCGAGCAUUGCCACAAAAGCCGAUGGUGAAAACCUCGUUUUGCGAUAACGAUAAAGAGGAAUAUCUCACCGUAGGCGAUUAUGAGCAACACCUGAAGAAAACUGUAUCAUACGAGAAAAGUGCAUGUACACGCGCUAACUUCAAAGCCACGAAUGUUGCCACAGUUGGUUUGAGCGCUUUGGAGCAACAGCCAUGGAACCGUGACACCGAAUUUCUCACAUACUAUUCGUUAUUUGGCUCGCGUGUAACGUCUGCUGCCAAUGAUGUAUCCUAUCAAAUUGAUGACAUCACUUUUAAGAUGUCGAAAAUUUCACUUCUGCAAACUAACGGUCUCUACAAUGAGAAAGGCGUAUACUGUAAUCGCUCGAUGCUCGCGGCAAAGGGUCAAAAGUGUGAAACGCAGCAAUGCAUAUGCACGAAUGUUGUGCAUUUACCAGCUUAUCGUGCCAUAGAAAUCGUUUUGGUCAAUAAUAAUAAUGCACCGACACCGGUGCAUUUGCAUGGCUACACUGUGCGUUUGGUCGGUCAGAAUGUUUUGGAUGGCAUAGUAAACGAGAAACAGAUAAUAGAUCUCGAUAGACGAGGUUUGCUGCAACGUUCAAACGAUGAUUAUCCCAUCCAAAAGGACACUGUGCAGGUGCCACCGCACGGCUAUGCAAUCAUACGUUUCUAUAGCAGUAAUCCCGGCUACUGGAUGUAUCAUAGUUCCUUGGAUAGUCAGGCCGUGCGUGGCAUGAUUGGCAUUUUCAAAGUCGGUGAAGAUCAUCAAAUAAAAGAGGUGCCCCCACGUUUGCGCUGUUGAAUCAAAAUGUGUCUGCAUUUGAAAGUGAUUUAUGAAUUCUUAUACUCAUUCGUCAGCAGCAGAAUAACAGAGGCUUUUUUUUAAGUUAGCCUAUUUAUUUUUUCUUCUAAUGCUUUUAAAUAAAUUUCAAUAUUUAUUGAAAAA